AUGGGUGUCUAUAUUCCCAACGAAAUUCUGCAACGUAUUAUGCGUUUUUUCGUCUCCAAGGAGCCUCGCAGGCUUGGGGCAAUGACAGACGCGAAUGAAGACGGACGCUUUGAUCCUUCCCUACGCCCCACAGAUUUGCAUUCACUCUGUCUGGUCAGCCGGCGAUUUCGCGAUAUUGCUCAGCCUCUGCUUUACCAUACCAUCAACAUUACUGAUGAGACAAUCGACAAUGACGGUCCAGGGCAGCAGGGAGAGUGGCCGGGCCGUUUGCUGAAAACAAUGGCUGAGAAUCCGCACCUUGCGAAGCAAAUACGUGUCCUGGCCAUACAAAGCUACACACCCGGAGCAGUAUGGUCGACCGACUUCCCUUGGGACGUUCCACGAUCUCUACGAUGUGUUCUGGAAGAUGAGAUCGAAUGCCCUGGCCCCCAUGAAGUAUCCCUUGCGAUUCUAUUUUACGCAACUAUGAUCGAGAGGAUUAUACUUUCCUCAAACGAUCCCGAUGGUCUUGCAAUCUUUUGGGUUAUAUCAUCAUGGUUACCGUAUGGAAACCCACCAUAUGAUUUUGCCGAAAUCGGCUCGAAUCUCACUCCAGAGCUUGGCCCUUUCGCCAAUCACGGACAUCCCCGACUGAAAGAGAUCUGCUUAGAUGGCUUUGAUGAAGACUGUUUCCAGCUUGAUCGGGUCUUCGUGGAUAUCAUGAAAAAGCCAGGACUUUCCACCCUUUGUACAAAUGGUGGAUGGUGGUGUCCAAAUUUCUUCAACCCUCCUAAGCUCCCUGCAGGCGUACUGUCUGAUGACUGGCCGUCCAGUUUAAAGCACUUGAAACUUAAAAACUGUUGCUUAGACGCCUAUGGUUUUGCAUACAUCCUUAAAAACUGUCCCAGUCUUAACACUCUUCGCAUUCAUUUGGCUAGGCCGAAGUGGAUACAAGUAAACGAUUUCUCUUGGACUCUUGAUCUCGAUCAAAUCGGGCAAACUCUACGAGAUUAUGGGGGCUAUUUGACCUAUCUAACAAUUCACACCUUCAACUUUAAGUUAUCGCAUGAACCGAUUGGCCGAAUUGGGUCUUUAUGUGCUUUGACGAGCCUCCGCCAUCUUCGCUUCUCCAGGAAUGACUUGAUUGUUUCUCAAGAAUGGGAUGAACCACAGAAGCAGAAUAUCAUACCUUUAGAGAGUAUUCUACCCUCAUCAAUCAUUACAGUUCGUAUCUCUUACGAAGAAGUUGGUAUUGCACUAUCACCGCCAAGUGGUGUGGUAUUUGCAGAGAUAGAGAGUCUUCUGGCUAGUGGACGAUUACAGUCUCUUAAACGAGUUGAAGUUAUGAGAUACAUCUAUGAUUCUCCGGAUGAGUUGGUUUUAUUCCGAACCAAGAUACCUGAUUGGUCCGUUGGUUCAAGGAGAAGACCAUCUAGGAUUCGGAAUGGUGUUACUGAGUAUAUGUCUAUCACUAGGUGUGGGGGUUCAAAAAGUGAUUCCUUCAACAAUUUUGGGGGUUUGAGAAGCGAUUCAUGA